UUCUCACUUGCUUUUCCACCCAACACUCAAGCAAAUACAUUACUAGUAUAACAUCCAUAAAGCUUCCCCCCUUACUCUAUAGAAUUUCAUCUUUCUCAAUUUUUGCAACAAUGGAAAUGGUUGGCAAGAUUGCAUGCUUUAUGGUUUUGUGCAUGGUGGUGAUUGCACCCCAUGCAGAGGCAAUGACUUGCGGUCAGGUUGCCACUGGCUUAGCUUCUUGUCUCCCUUAUCUUCAAGGCACCGGCCCUCUGGGAGGUUGUUGUGGUGGUGUUAAGAGUGUGUUGGGUGAAGCCAGGACCCCAGCGGACCGAAAGACAGCAUGCACUUGCCUGAAAUCAGCUGCUAAAGCUAUUCGGGGCAUUGAUUUGAACAAAGCCGCUGGUAUCCCUAGCACUUGUGGCGUUAACAUUCCUUACAAGAUCAGCCCUUCCACUGACUGCUCCACGGUCCAGUAAAGCAUAUCAUCAGAGUUUGAUACCAUGAGGAGAAUUAAGAAUAAGAUGAAUGGAGUGUGAUCCUGCUCAUGGAUCCAUUAUUUCUAUGUUGUAUCAGUUGUCUCUUUCGUUUCUUUUUUUGUGUGUCUUUUGGGCUCGCAGUCUGAGUCUUGUAUCGAAACUUCAUUAUUGGCUGUGUUACAUUAAUCCAAUCUUGAUAAUAUAUCUAUCUUAUUUAAUA